UCUGAACGGCUUAUUUCUUUAACCACACCAAAGAUAAGGUCUCAACUCUCAAAAGAUAGAGAUAAAAGUUCAAGAAACAGGGAAGUAGACUAGUGGUACACUGGUAGUGGGAAGAAAUCCGCAACGAUGGCAUCAACAACCUCCACUCUUUCACUCUCAUGGAGCAAUUCAUUCCAUAGCUUUGCAGGCGCCAUUAGUGAACCUCAGAAAUCCCCAGAAAAUUGCAGAGUAAUGCUCCCAAUUGUCGCACAGAAGAAAGUCAAGAAAAUUCGCAAGAUAAUUUUGAAGGAGGAUAUUCCAGAUUUGGGGAAAAAGGGCCAGCUUUUGGAUGUAAGAGCUGGGUUCUUAAGGAACUUCUUGCUGCCAUUGGGAAAAGCCGAGGUUGUCACCCCAUUGCUGCUCAAGGAGAUGAAGAUGGAAGAUGAGAGAAUUGAAGCUGAGAAGAAAAGGGUAAAAGAAGAGGCACAACAGCUAGCCCGGAUGUUUGAAACAGUUGGAGCUUUCAAGGUUAAACGCAAAGGAGGAAAGGGAAAACAGAUAUUUGGAAGUGUGACUGCUCAAGAUCUUGUUGACAUAAUCAAGGCACAGCUUCAAAGGGAUGUGGACAAAAAAGUUGUUUUCCUCCCUGACAUCAGGGAAACUGGGGAGUAUAUAGCAGAGUUGAAGCUACACCCUGAUGUCACUGCUCAGGUUCGUGUAACGGUGUUUGCCAACUAAUUGAAGCUUCCUGCAGAGUAUUGUAUCAGACAAUCAAGCAUUUUGAUUCCAUUCCAAGGAGAGAUACGGCCGUUGUUUCAACUGUAGAUGCCCAUAAUGCACCGAGAACUGUAACUUGUAUGUGUCUAGAUACUUUAGCUUAGUGAAUUCUGUUGUUCUGUUACUCGUCUUUUUUUCCCAUAAUUGUUCAUGUUUUCUACUUCCUUUUUGCUGCGAGUUUUUACACACUUGAUUUUUCGAAGAUAAA